AUGGCCAAAAAAUCGAAGAACCCCAUUCAGAACCCACCUCGAAGUGUUUCCGACGACUCUAGCAACGACGAUGGAGCUCCCGUUUACACACCACCCGAAACUGAGUCUAACUGUGGACCCUCAACCUCACCUCAUGCUGCGGAUCCAAACCAUCUCCACGAUGUGAUCAUAGGACUUCAAAAUGUCAAUCUUGUGCAAGAUAAAGCUGAUCAGCUGGAGCAAGAGGCAGACAAGGAUAUCUCUACAAAUAAAAAGAAGAAGGGUAGAAGUCGAAAUCGUUCUUCGGGCAAGAACCCUGUUCCCGCAGAUAUCGCUGUCAGCAAUAUCACCGAUUCCCCCCAGAACAUUGCUGUUUCCGACAAAGAUACAAACGAUUCCGAGUCAGAGAAGAUCCUUCAAAAAGCCGCAAAGAACAGAAAGGAGAAGGAGCGGAAGAAGAGACGCAAGGCUCGACAAGCUCAGGAGGAAGAGCAAGCCCAGGUUGAAAUAUCCAACUACAAAUGGUUCAAAGACGCGGGAUGGAACGACAUGAAAGAUUUCAUGAUAGGUCAUGGUUUUAAAUGGGGUGAUCUCGAUGAUCAUGCUGCGGCAAGUGAGUUGAUUAAAAGACUCAAAGAGGAUCAAGCUUCUGAAGAACAUGCCGAACCAGAGCCACCAAAGAAAGAAGUGAUGAAGGAUGCUUCUGUCGAGGCAAAGACUGCCAAAACCAAGAAGAAGACUGUAGUCGGCUUGUGGGAAGAUUAUUUCGGAAAUGAAACUGAGCUUGCAAACUGGCAAAGACUUUGCGUCGAUGUUGGCUUGGAAGAGAUACCCACUAGUAUUACUAAGUGUCGCAAGGCUCUAGGAAAAGUCUGGGUUAAUAUCUUUGAUUUCCUCGACGCCAAAGCUGAAGGUAAACCAGUCAAGAGAUACCAAAGCGAACGUAAACUUGCUACAUAUACACUGAACACUGGCAAGAUUUAUCCAAAGCAUAAGGCUAAGGAAGGUGGUCCUGCUAGAGUUCUGUUGGCGCAUAUUUUUGGACGCUAG